CCUUGCCUAAGCCAGCGCCCAGUGGGGCGGGGCGGGGUGAGGCGGCCGGCGGCGCGGCGGACUCGGUUUCCCAGCGUGCCCACGGGGAGGGGGUGGCAUGGCGGGCAAGGAUGACACCGGAGUUCGACGAAGAAGUGGUGUUUGAGAAUUCCCCGCUCUACCAAUAUCUGCAGGAUUUGGGACACACAGAUUUUGAAGUAUGUUCCGCAACGUUGCAGAAGGCAGAGCAAUGUGCAGCAGUGGAAAGCCAAAGAGAGCAGACUGUGCGUGCUGCCCAGAAGCCAGGCAUCCUGUCAAAACUAGUUGAGUUUUUUAGAAGCUGGUUUCCUUUUCCACAGUAUAAGAAAAAUGAUGACAUACUUCACCGACUGGAUGUUGGAUUUCGAUUUGACACGCUCCGUACCAUCCUGCAACAGGAAGUUCUGCUGCAGGAGGAUGUGGAACUGAUUGAAUUCCUUGACCCCAGUAUCCUGUCUGCAGGGCAGCCUAAGCAACAGGAAAACAGACAGCUUCCAACACUACGCUCCCUAGCAACUCCUAAUAUUUGGGAUGUCUCGCUGUUCCUUGCCUUUGUAAGCACACUGGUUAUGUUUCCUUCAUGGUGGAAGGAAUCAUCAUGGCUGCUGUGCGGACUGGUGCUGCUUGCCUAUGCAGUCUUUAGAGCGUGGGGCACAUGGAGGACAGCCAAACUGCAAAUGUCCCUGCGAAAAUAUUGUAUCCAGCUGGAAGAAACAGUGGCGAAUAGCCGAGCUUUUACUAAUCUCGUGAGGAAAGCUCUACGACUCAUUCAAGAGACUGAAGUAAUUUCCAGAGGAUUUACCCUUUUGCUUGACAGGGUCAGUGCCGCUUGCCCAUUUAAUAAAGCUGGACAACAUCCUAGUCAGCAUCUGAUUGGCCUCCGGAAAGCCGUGUAUCGAUCCGUCAGAGCCAACUUCCGAGCUUCAAGACUGGCUACUCUGUACAUGCUGAAAAACUACCCUCUGAACUCAGAGAGUGACAAUGUGACCAGCUACAUCUGUGUGGUCCCCUUUAAGCAGCUGGGUCUGGGACUGAGUGAAGAGCAGGUCUCCGAAGAGGAGGCACACAAUCUGACYGAUGGCUUCAGCUUACCUGCACUCAAGGUGCUCUUUCAGCUCUGGGUAGGGCAGAGUUCAGAAUUCUUCAGGAGGCUGGUGCUGCUGCUCUCCCCAGCUAAUGCUUCCCCCAAGCCCUUGGUGUCCCCGGAGCAGCUGCCUCAUCACAUCCUGAGCGAUGUGACCCAAGGCCUACCUCAUACCCACGCGGCCUGUUUGGAGGAGCUCAAGAGGAGCUAUGAGUUCUAUCGGUACUUUGAAACUCAGCAUCAGUCGAGCUUGGAAUGGCCAGCCAGGACCAAGCAGAAGUCCAGAGAGCUGAACAGUCUCCAGACAGCAGUUCGCAGCUUGCAGCUUCAUCUCAAGGCACUGCUCAAUGAGGUAAUAAUUCUUGAGGAUGAACUUGAAAAGCUUGUUAGCACUAAGGAGACACCUGAGUUAACAACAGAAGCCCAUCAGGUUCUGGAACAAAAACUAAAGUUUAUUCAGCCUCAUAUGCAGGCAAGCAACAGCUGCUGGGAAGAAGCCAUUUCUCAGGUGGAAAAAAUGAGUGGAAAAAACCCAAAUAAAAAAGGCAAAAUUGAAGUUUCCUGUGACAACCUACAGCAUACUACAGUACCUUUAACACAGCCUGCCAUAUACAUAGAAAACAAAGAUCCAAUCCCUGAAGAGCAGGAACUGGAAGCAUAUGUUGAUUAUUCAGAUACAGAUAAUGAAUACAAAAGGGAAGAUUUUUACUGCUUUUCCCAAGAAGAAAGAGAGAGACAAGAACGAGAGAGACAAGAAUCUAAGAGAGUGCUACAAGAAUUGAAAUCAGUACUGGGAUUUAAAGCUUCAGAAAUUGAAAGACAGAAGUGGAAACAGCUACUAUUCAGUGAACAUGCUGCAGUGAAACCCUUGUCUCCUGUAGAACCACUGAAGCUACUAAAUAAUGUGGAAUCACAUAUGAAUUCAGAUAGAGAAAAGCAGGACUGCAGCCAAAGUUGUGAUAAAUCUGAAGAAAAAGAUUCUAAUCCAGAAGUGAAUGAUGAUGCUGAUAAAAGCAGGACAGAAUAUUUGUAUGAAGAUCCUGAGAUGGAAAGAAACAAAGACAGUACUGCAGAUGAAGAUGUUUCUACAGGGGCUGAAGAAAGAAUGUAUUAUCAGUGUGAAGGAGAAGCUGAAGAACUCAAGCCAAGCAGUGUGGAUGGAGUAGAGGCUUCACAGCCUCCCUCUAAGGAUGCUUUACAUUCAAAAAUCAAGGAUAGGCUGGCCCAGCUCCACAUAUCAACAGAUUUUAACUUCACAUCUGGUCUAGCAGCACAAGUUGCUGCCAGGUCUUUCACUUUUACUACAAUGCAGGAGGAGACUUUUGGAGAUGAUGGGGAGGAGGAUGAAGAAAAGACACCGGAGAAUGAAGACCUUGUGGAGAACUGUGAGAAUGAAGAGAGAGGUUCUGAAAGUGAAGGAAAAAUAUAAGUCUUAGCUGAACUUUAUUAAACCAACAGCAGGCAAUUUGAUGGAAAAAAAACUAAGGUGGGGGGGUGGGGUUUGAAGCUGAAAAUACUGGAUGGGAAAAAAAGGAGACCUAAAUAUUAUAUAUCAUGUUCCCUAAGACUGGAACACUAAAUAGGACUUCUUAGUAUAUUGAAAACUUGCAGGUAAGAGAAGUUUAGGCUGCAUCCAAGAAAUAGUUGGCUAUUCCCUUUUUAAGAUCCUAGUGAUGGGGGUUGGAAUUUACCUUUGUGUUUUGUGUUAUAUUUAUUUAUAUUAUAACAUGUUGUGGUUAUUUGUUUCUAAAAAGAAGGAAAAACAAUCUUGAUUUACAACAGAGUCCAUUUUUUGCUGUCUGAUUCUUUUGUGAUGGUAUCAAUGUUUGUUCCAACAAAAAAAACCCAUUGUUUUGGAAGAACCUGAACUGUUCCCUGUGAUCUUCGCUCAUCACUUUUAUUUCACUUCUUGUAUCUGCAGUGUGUUGGCUAAGCCACCGUAAGCAUUUAUGAUUCUGUGACUAGUAAUAUGGCACCCAAUUAAAAUGUAGAAUUUUAAAUAAAAGCUUGAAACAGCUAGUAUUUGAUGUGUCCUGGGGUAUGAGGCUGAAAUAGUAGAGUUAGUCAUGGUUCAUAUUAAGGUUUAUUUAGAAGUUUAUGAAGGGUUAAUAAAUAAUUUCUGUAAGUUGUAAUCAUGUUAGAGAAAUGUGUUGUAGGUAAAUGUUAGCGCAGAUUAUAAGCACAGCAAUAGAAAGUACUAUAAACAGCUAGAAGCUAUCUGUUAAAUUGACAGAGAUAAGAAGUAAACACUUAUGAAACCAUCUAUUAAUUAUUUGUUAACCUUUUGUAAAUUGAACCUUAAUAUAAUUGUUUUAUUUGAUAUAGUGAUUGAUAGGACAUUUUUCUUUAUGUCCUGAAGUAAUUUUCUUAAAGGAAAUUAUCUGAAAGUUUAACAACAUGCAGUAUUUAGUUUAAACAGCACACUUGCUUUUCUCUAAUGUUCUUCCACUUUUCCUUAGAUUACGAUUUUAACCUAUGGGAUUUAGAAUCCAUGAGAGAACUGUAUUUGUGUAUUUUCUAUCUUAUAACAGAGUUAACUGAUGAUGAGAUCUGGAUGUUUGGUAUGAGGUUAUGUCAGUUGUUUUUUUCUCUGUGGUGGUGUUACAAGGAGCAGGAAACUGAUGCUCACCUCACAGGUUAAUGGUUUCAUUGCCCUCUUUGCUUUGCUCUUUGACACAAAAUGAAGCUAAGCUCCCAUGUCUGUAAUGGCGAGAGCACCACUUAUUUGUGUGGAAUACUCUACUUGGACCUGGAUACACUUCCAGGACAAAGCAUGGCAAAAAUUACUUAGAGUAUUUAUUGGGUUUUUCAGAUUCUGUAGAAUAGAGGGGGUUUUAGAUCCAGGUGGUACGGAGCAAUAUCUUUCUUAGGAUGCUGUCAUGGGAAGUGGGGAAGGUAAGGCAGGUCAGCAGAUUAGGGUGGAACUCUUGACAGUAUGUCAGAAAACAAGUGCUUUCUUUCAAGCUCCCUGUCCUCUAUUAGUGACUUUGCAUGAACACUAUGAAAUAUGUGGACUUUUUCACAGAUGGUAGAGAAGGAAAUAUCAAUUGAUAGAAAAAGGGAAUAUGAUUUAGUUCUUUAACUGUAUGAUGUCUUCUCCCUCACACACAGGUUUUGGGAAGAGAAUGUUAUGCCAAUUUUCAUCGACCAGUAACACUGUGUUCUGUGCCCAUUAUUUUGUAAAAGUGAAUGGAAGCCGAGUGGUUGAUGUCUUGAGGAGGUUGUAGAAAAAAAAAAAUCAGUUGGUUUUCAGAGUGUAUUCAGAAGUUAGGCUCCUCUUAGAGGUAGAGUAUAUUCUUCUGUAACCUGUAAAAAUUAGGCUAAGAUGAUGAAACACUUUUAUUUUCUCUGUGGCAAGCAAUUUUUUUUACCAAGUCUAGAACAGCUGCUUUCGAGAAAUUGUGUUUGAAGCAUUCUCCAUGCUUCUGAAACAGAAGUCUUCCUCAUUCUUGACUUGAGAUCCUUGAAUUCACAAAGUGCCCAGAUUUUUUUUCCUAACUAAUUGUUCUGACAGCCUAAAUGUAUACUCCAUUAAUAUUUUUCCAUGAACUCAACCACCAUCAUCUCAUGAUCUGAUGUUGUAUAUCCCAGAAAGGAUACUCCUGAACCUUUUCUGUGGGAUUCAAAUCAUAGUUUACAGUGCCUAUGAAAAUACCUGGACUCUGUCUAAGUGAGUCAAAAACAUCACUCAAUACUCAAUUUUUUUUAGGGCUAUGAUACCAAGAUGAUCAGAAAGAUGAUCAGAUUUAGGAUAAGAAUUACCACUGUUUUCACAGUUUCAGAUGAAGUCAGUAGUAGUUGCAUUGGUACUGUAAUCGGUGACAGAUCUCACAUUUGUAAAAGCUGCUAUCUCUUUUUUCUUUUGCUGCAGUCCUUAGUAAAAAUCCUGGAGAAUCUACUUUGGUGAUUCACUUGGGAACU